CUACUCAACCCUGCGACACACAGAGAUCGCAUAAUGCCGUUCAGCGUCACCCCCCUCACACACAGAGGAGCCAUGCAGCUUUCUGCCUGUCCCGCCGCCCCUCUCUGCAUCCAAUUCACUGCCCUUGAGGCCCACUUACUAUCUGCAAGGCGCGCCUCCGCCUCGUUGUCCCUCUCGGCGGCCUCGAUGACCUGCUGGAGGCUCAACAUAGGGCCCCUCAUCGUGCGUCUCUUGCUAUCUCUUCUGCAGCUCCCUGUCGAUCCCCCGUUCGCCCUUUUGCAGCCCUAACAGAUUCGGUGAUCGUUUAGACUUCUUGAGGAUAGAUAGCCUCGAUAGCCCUCCCUUGUCGGCAGCAGAUUGACCGGCAAUAAUCAACCAUGGCGGACCCGUCGAUGCAUGGCGUGGUGCAGUAGAUGUCCAUACCUUCUGCUGCAGUUUGGCGAGUGCGGCCUUGAGCUCCGCGUUCUCCUCCUGCAGCCGGCUGAUUUUGGUCUGCAGACAGACAGACAGACAGACAGACAGAACAGACGUGUGGAUAACAAACACUAAGUAGGAUCGGCGUGUCUGUCGUACACUGACCAGCAGCUUCUUCUGCACGCAACACACUGCACACACGCAGACAGGCAGGCAGACAGACAGACAGAUGAGUGAGUCGGCGUGCGGUAUGUCAGCUGUGCCGCCCACACCCUCUCUGUCGACUGACGUACCCACCUUGUUGUUCUUUGCGGCGUCGACGUCCUUAGUGAGCUGCCGGUGCAGCAUCUCGCAGUGUUCCUGCCACGCAGUGUUGCGGAUGGCGAGGGCCUUGUACCGCUCGUGCCAUUCGGAGCACUGGGCUGCACGUCACACACAGACAGAUGUCGCAACCAUGAUUGCAGUGGGUGCGAUGCGCUUCUCGGCUCCUCCCUGACCAUGGAGAAGGUCGCGCUCUUCUUGCAGCUUCACCAACUCCUCACGGCUACAGCUAAGAAGCCCUGCCACACACAGAGAUCGCAUAAUGCCGUUCAGCGUCAUCCCCCCACCCCCCUCACACACAGAGAGGAGCCAUGCAGCUCUCUGCCUGUCCCGCCCGCCCCUCUCUGCAUCCAAUUCACUGCUCUUGAGGCCAACUUACUAUCUGCAAGGCGCGCAUCCGCCUCGUUGUCCCUCUCGGCGGCCUCGAUGACCUGCUGGAGGCUCAACAUAGGGCCCAUCAU